AUGGCCCUGGUCGACUACUCGUCCUCCGACCCGGACUCUGGUCCUGAGUCUGCGUCUGAUUCUGACUCUGGUCCUGGACAUGGACAUGGACACGGGCAGAACGACGACGUCGAGCCUCGAGACUCUGCAACGAAGACGCCAAGGUCGCCGCCAGCUUCCACAAGCACUCAAAUCGAUACUCAACCCAGCCAGCGGCCAGUCUCGAGCGCCCUUCCGCCCUUGCCGCCCCCGUUCCACGACCUAUACGCCUCUACCGUGCGCACCGCAACCGCGGACCUGCCCAGCCUGCACCAGGGCAGGAGACGUAUCAUCCCCCACAAGGAAGGCAACUGGCCCAGUCACAUCUACCUCGAAUGGCACCCCUCCUCCUCCCAGCACCAGCUCCUCAAGUCGCUACUCGCCGCUCUCGCUCAGGAACUUGACCACCUUCUCAGCGGACAUGGCCUGCCUGGCUUUCUGACCUCAGAGCUGGGCGCGCCCCAGCCCCUCCACGUGAGCCUGUCCAGGCCCUUUGUUCUGCGCACCGACGAAAAGGAUGCCUUCCUCGAUCGCCUCAUCCAGGCCACCGCGCGGUGUCGCGUGCCCGCCUUCGCCCUGGCUUGUCACGACCUGGCCUGGCACCGCAGCCCGGGCUCGGAGCGUUCCUUUCUCGUCCUGCGCGUGCGCGGCCUAAGCGGGACCAGCGACGAGCUACCGGCCCUGUUGCGCACUUGCAACCGCCUUGUGGCAUCCUAUGGCCAGCCGGAGCUCUACGCCUCCAGAGGGCCCGUCCAGGAUGAAAGCAUUGACGCCAGUGACGCCUUCCACGUCUCCCUCGCGUGGUCCUUCACCGCGCCGACCGAUGAUCUGAGCCAGAAGACGGCCGAGGUGUUUGCGCGCCCAGAGUUUCGCGACGCCGUCCUUUCGCGCAUCAGCAUUCCUGUCCAGGGGGUUAAAGUCAAGAUUGGGAACGUGGUAACAAAUAUCGCGCUGCCAGAGACCGCAGGCGUGAGCGGCAGUAGAAAUGGCAAGGGGCUUUUCGGUAUCUGA